AAAUAUUUUAUCCUUACAAAAAUAAAAUAAAAAAUAAAAACUUUAGUUUCUUUUUUCAUUUUAAUGGUGAUGGAUCAUUAACACCAAAAAGCCACAGCUAAGAGGGUUCUUUUCUUUUCCAUUUCAUCCAUCCAUCACCAAAAAAAAAAAAAUCAAUUUUUUUUGCUUGCAUUUCAUCUUCUCCUAGAUCCAUCAUUUUAUUAAUAUAUACCCAUAAUUUUAUUUUUUAUUUUUCUUUUAUUUUCGAAAAAUUGGAAAAAAAUGUUACAAUGUUAGAUUUGUUUCAGAUGUAACAUUAUCAUCGUAAUCAUUGCUGUUUAUUGUUGUUGUUGUUGUGUUUGUUUGUAACAGACUUUUUAUUUGUUGUUUUUGCUGUUGGUGUUGUUGUCAUUUGGUUUUACUACCUUUCCUCUUUUGGUUCACGUGUUCUUCGUAACACACGAACCGCAAUCUUCAAGAUUUGAUUUUUACAUCAAUGCAUGGUUCAAAAUUGGAAAUUUCUUGAACCCCAUUUCGAAUUUGGAUCUCAAUUUUAGGUGGAAAUCUAGAUUGCUUGAAAUUUGUAGUUGUUUAGGUGAACGAGAUCUAGGGUUUUUCUGGUUUAGAAUUAGCAAUUUUUGGGAGGGUUUGGUUGAUUUUGAUUGUUUCUUCAUGGGUUUGAUGUGAAAGGUUUGGAAUUGGUGGAUUUUAGCUUCUGGGUUGCAAUGCUGAACAAGCUUUUCAACAAGCUUCCUCGGAAAUCUUCUAAAAUUGAUGAAGAUGAGUCGGCCCGGGUUGUCGAAUCCCCGCGUGCUGCUGGUAAAUGCGUCAAUCGACAGCAAGGUGGUGGUGUUGCGGUGAAACGAGCUUCUUCGUCGGCGGUGUUUCCUGCUAGCAUGGUUUCUGGGAUUGAACCUUUGGUGCCGUUUAAGGAUGUUCCGAAUGGUGAAAAGAUGAACUUGUUUGUGAGCAAAUUGAGUCUUUGUUGUGUGACAUUUGAUUUUACUGAUCCUGCUAAGAACAUUGCUGAGAAAGAUGUGAAAAGGAAAACUUUGGUUGAACUUAUUGAUUUUGUGGUUUGUGCAUCAAUGAAGUUUAGUGAACCUGCUAUUCUUGCGAUGUGUAGAAUGUGUGCUAUUAAUUUGUUUAGAGUUUUUCCGCCUAAUUAUAGGGUUAACGGAGUUGUUGCUAUUGGCGCUGAGAAUGAUGAUGAUGACCCGAUGUUUGAUCCGGCUUGGCCACAUUUGCAACUUGUUUAUGAAUUGCUGCUUAAGUUUAUCUCUUCUUCGUGUCUCGAUGCUAGAGUAGCGAAAAAGUAUAUCGAUCAUUCGUUCAUUUCGAAGUUGCUUGAACUGUUUGAUUCCGAGGAUCCAAGAGAAAGAGACUGUUUGAAGACGAUUCUGCAUAGGGUUUAUGGGAAGUUCAUGGUGCAUAGACCCUUUAUUCGGAAAACAAUUAACAAUAUAUUCUAUCGAUUCGUGAUUGAGACCGAGAAACAUAACGGGAUUGCUGAGUUGUUGGAGAUUUUUGGGAGUGUGAUUUGUGGAUUUGCUUUGCCCUUGAAAGAGGAACACAAAAUCUUCUUGUGGAGAGUUUUGAUCCCCUUGCACAAGCCUAAAUCUUUGGGGGUGUACUUUCCGCAACUGUCUUUCUGUAUUACGCAGUUCUUAGAGAAGGAGCCGAAGUUAGCGAGCAUUGUUAUAAGUGGUAUGCUAAAAUAUUGGCCCGUAAUAAAUAGUCAGAAAGAAGUGAUGUUUCUCGGGGAAUUGGAAGAAAUUUUGGAAGGAAUCAACAUGGUAGAGUUCCAGAGGAUCAUGAUUCCACUGUUUUUGCGGAUUUCGUGCUGCAUUAACAGCCUACACUUCCAGGUAGCUGAAAGGACCCUUUUCCUAUGGAACAACGACCACAUUGUAAAUUUGAUCGCUCAUAACCGACAAGUGAUCCUGCCCAUCAUAUUUCCGGCACUAGAUAGGAAUAUUAAAAGCCACUGGAACCCAGCAGUUGUAAACUUAACUAUCAACAUCAGAAAGAUGUUCGUCGAGAUGGAUGAGAAGCUUUUCAUAUCUUGCCAUACUCAAUUUAAGGAAGAAGAGGCACUUUUAAUCUCAGAAGCCGAAAGGCGAAAGGAAGCAUGGAAACAACUAGAGCAGGCAGCCAGUCUGAAACCUGUAAUUGGAAAUACUGCUGUUUUAGUGUCUCCUUUGAUGAUAUGAACUGCAUUGCUAGCUAUGGAAUCCUCGCGAAUUGCAACGAGGCAUUUUGGUUUUGGAUGCUAUGGUGUUACUUCUGGCAGCAAGAUGUUGCGACACUGUUUUGAUUACUUACUAUAUGGUAUGUAAUUUUUCGAAAUCGACAGUGUUGAAAAGGAUCAUGCAGUUAUUGUGGAUCAAACGAACGAUUAUAUGUAUAAGAAGCUUGUUUGUAGUAUCUUCCUUCUCUCUCUGUGUAUGUACCUUCUUACAUUAUAAUCCUCAGUUGCUCUCAUUAAAUACAAGUACUAACCUGAGAGCCUGUUUAACAA